GUCUCGUCCCGCUCGGGAUGAUAUCAUUCCGGGAAUAAAAUGUUAAAUACAAACUAAAAUUCCACCCGAAAACAGAUUUAAUAACAUGAAAUCAUGGCAGACCGCCUCCGCCAGUUCGCACAAAGGUUGAAGGAAAGAGUUCACUUACCACAGCUCCCACAGUUGAGUCCUAAUGGCCGAGAAAAAGUCGACCAGCUAAUAUCAAAAUAUGUGCCUGCACAGAAAGUUAGUGAUAUAGCGGAGAAGUUUAAACAUGAAACGAUAUCUAAAAGGGUCCAAGAAUUGGUAUCUAGGUAUGAAAAAUUUACCGGUGUCGCGGAAAUAAUGGCCAUUCAGAAUACCGUAGUUGAAGCCCAGGAUAGGUUUAUGGUAGCUCAGGAGCGGAGAAGAGACCUAGGCCGUCAGGUGGCCAACUUGGAAGCACGGCUGAAGGAGAUCCAUUCAGGGAUACAGAACACAAUGAAGGGGGACGAGAAGUACUUGCAAUUGUGCACAGAAGAACACAAGUUGAUACAACAAGAGCGCAUGCUCCGCUCGCUAUUCUCUGAAGCGGAGAGGGAGGAGCGGGAAUUGUUCGCCACCAUGUCGGCGGCAGUGAAGCUGGGGCAUGAACGCGAGCGGGCGCAUGCUGAAAGGAACAAGUACUGGUACAUCGUCGCUUCUAUAUUCGGCACAGUACUAGGUAUCGCAGGGUCGACCAUAAACAACCACUUGAAAAUGGCCGAAUUCCGCGACAUGAUGGAACAACAAAUGGCCAGGAGUGCGAGCGUUCUAUACACUAUAGCUGGAGGCUCGACCAAUAGGACAGACAUAGCUGACGCUAUGAAGACCGAGUUUGAAUACCAGGAGCAAUUGGCACAAAAUCUGAAGUUAAUGAAAGAAAACAUUGAUUAUCUAGUCAACAAGCAGGCAUCUUUAAUAGAUCACAUAAAUCAUCAAGAGCAGAGAGUAGAAACCCAACUGCGUGAAUUGAGACGUAUCAUAGUAGCCGCAUCAGCAACAAGUGCUAAAUCUGACGCUGACUUGGAGAAAGCUUUAUCCGUCAUACACCACGAUUUGGAUGACGCGGACAAAGACAAAGAACAGAAUAAUAUCAAAGAAUCAAAAGUAGCCCUAGAUCCUAACCAAAUACUUACAGGCGUAGGCAUCAUAAUGUGCGCAGCCAUUAUUUUCGGAAAUAUAAUUGGCAGAAUAAGUUGACUCCUUUGCCUUGAUAAAAAAAUAAUAAAAAAAAGUCAAAAGCGGGCACUUCACAUGGCUUUUCGUAUUCGUUAUUUGUAAACUUGACAACGGCCUCUCCUUUUUUAUUCCCUAUAGAGUAUGGUAAGGACAACCUGCUGUCGAAAUGACAAAUAGCAAACACGAAUAACCAUGUAAGUGCUAGCGUAAGGGCAACUGCAAUCACCGCGUUUUCGAAACACGGUACGACUGAUUUUGAAUUUGUAAAGAGAAAAUGUAAAUUACGCAAAAAUGAAAACUUGGAAAUCGUUAAGUAUGAAAGAAAGUACUUAUUAAUUAGACAUUAAUUUUAUGGAACAAAAGAAAUUUUGAGCGGU